GAAAAACGAGAUGGUAAAGAUUACUCCGCCCUAGAUUAGCUAGGGCAAUAGCUUUGAUGUUCGUUCUUUUAUACGGAUAUGAAGCUAGUAGAACAAUAGAUAUGCAUCAGACUCAAAGCCACACUUUGAUGCAUGGUAUAUCAUGGCAAACAUAAGCAAAAGAGAAUUUGACGUUUUUGAUCUGUCCGGGCAAAAAUACCUUGAAUGGAAAGUUGAUGCUCUGGCACAUCUUAAGGCUAAUGGCUUAGAAGAAAUAAUUGAAACCAAUAAUCUAUCAUCUUCCCAAGAUAAAGCGAAAGCUAUCAUUUUCCUCCGUCACCACCUCCAUGAAAGUCUCAAAUCUGAAUAUCUUUUGGUUGAUGAUCCAAAAGAAUUAUGGGACAAUUUACAAGAGAGGUAUGGCCACCAACAAAAGGUACUUUUGCCAAAGGCUCAGUAUGACUGGAUCAAUUUAAGAUUCCAGGGUUUUAAAUCAAUCAGUGACUAUAAUUCUGUUAUGUUCCAAAUAACAUCUAAACUAAAGUUAUGCGGACAAAAGGUCACUGAUGCUGAUAUGUUGGAGAAAACCUUUUCUACAAUGCAUAUUUCUAAUAUGCUACUACAACAACAAUAUAGAGAAAAGGGUUUUAAAAAAUACUUCGACUUAAUAUCAAUAUUAUUGGUAGCUGAGCAAAAUAAUGACCUUUUGAUGAAAAAUCAUAAUCUGAGACCCACUGGUUCUAGUCCUUCAGUUUAUGGUCCAUCUGGCCAUAAUUUAGCCACUGAAACAAAUGCAACACACAGUGGCAGUAGAAGGCAUUUUAAACGUGGGCAUUUUAAUGUUCAUAAAAACAAGUCACACCGAGAAUACAAACAGGUCGAAAGACCAAAUUACAAGGGCAAGGGCAAACAAAAAGCCCAUCAAAUAAAUCGCCCUCCAAAAUCCUCGGGAAAGUCGACUUGUUAUAAAUGUGGCAUGACGGGGCAUUGGGCUAAUAAAUGUCGCACGGCUAAACAUCUGGUGGAGUUAUUUCAAGCUUCCAUGAAUCUGAACAAAGGCAAAAGUGUGGAAGCUAAUUAUGUUAAUGACACAACUCCACCUCUGCCAAAAUUUGACGUGUCCGAUUUCUUCGUGGAUGAUGCCAUUAUGGACGAUGCUUUUGCCACUAAUCUAAAUGACACAAAAUAAAUUAUAGGACUUUCAUGUUGUAAAUUAUGUAUUUUUCUUU